AUGGGUUUUUGGAGUCUUUUCAAGGCUAGCGAGGAUGAUGUCAGUGCUAAUCGUAAGUUUUUGGGCUGGGAUAAACAUGGGAUACAAGGAUGGAAGCUAGUUGAAACUCUCAAGAACCAUGACAAGUUUGGCAAUGUUAACUUGGUUUGGUCAGGAGUUCAGAGUUUUGUUAAAAUAAAAGAUCUUAUUUUCUGAAAUUUGGUAGAAAAAUGGGAGACUCAUGAAAUUUGUGAUUCUCUGAAGAUCUCGCGUUUUAGAUUUCAGUUAUCACUUUCCAAAAAAAUCCAGAUUUAGAAAUUUUGUUCAAAACCUUAUUGUAGUUUGACACUUAGUUAAGCUGUAAUUAUUUCAUAUUCUGAGAACUGAUGAAGUUUCUUUUUUCUAAAAAAUUUGAACUAUGGAAACUCACUGAAAUUAGAUUGAAGAUUAACAAUAAUUAAUUUUUUUAUCAACGCGUCUUAAGAUUGUAGUCUUAAAAUGGAAAUCUGGAUUUCAAAUUCAAAAUUUUUAAUGUCACAUUGAUAAAUUACGGCAACUUUGAACUGCACAAUUUAGAUCUACUUCAUAAAUUUCACACCAAAGCUAUCUCUUGAUUUUAAGCAUAACCUGAAAUCAACAUUUUCUAAUCUAAACUACUCAAUCUAAAUAUUCUCUUGCAAGAAAUUUAUAUUCUCCAGAAUCAUGUAUUCUUUUCUUCUGCUUACGCACAUACAUAUGCAAAUAGUGCAUAAUUAUUGUGAGCACAUAUUUUUUGUUCUCCAAAAAAUUGCAUUUUUUCUGUUUUUGUUUCUUCAAAAAUUCAAAAUCUUUUCAAAAAUGUGGUUGUGUUUUUUUUUUCAAAAUUUUACAUCCUUCCUUGUUUUGUUGAAAAGACAAAGAAAAUGGAUAUACGAUGAGACGAGGAGGCGAGCAAACGUGUAAAGUUAUGCACAUACCUAAAACAUAUGCAUAUUCAAAUAUGUGCUCCCCGCUUUUUUUGAACUCUCAUUUUCAGCCUGAAAAUCUGAAAUUUUCACAUGACUCGAUUCGAAAAAAAGGAAAAACUUUUGAAAAAAAAUUCAUGAAGUCGAAAAAAAAUUGUUUGAAUAGAAAAAAUUGAAUAAAAUCAUAUUUUUGUUGUUGUUGAUCAACAAAAAAUGCUGAAAACAUGCAAUUAUAUUUGGUCUUUCAAUCUUCACAAAGUUUAUUUCAUAAAGGGUGGAGCCCAGAAAAAAAUAGGCGGAGCUCUCAAAAAUGAAGAGAAAAAAUAGCAGAGAGAGAUGGAGACACAAGUUUUUCACUUAUUCUUUCUGACCCACCCGCCUUCACGAUUUUUCGGCAGACAGUUUUUCACGCUUUUGCGUAUUUCCAAAAACGGGCAAUUCAGCAGCAGCAAAAUCAAAAUCAGAAUAUAAACAUUUUCGAAACAUCACCUGACUAUAUAAAAUAUGUGCUCCCAGAAACAUAUGCACCGGAAGUCAGUCUUGCGUCAACACAUUCAACGGUUACGACUGCACAAACGCAUGGAGCAAAACAUGGUGUAGAAUUCUCGUUUGAUGGUAUUGCACUUCUUAUUUUACCGGUAUUAUGUUUAAUUGGAUUGAUUGGUAAUUUUUUGGUAUGUGUUGCGAUUGCAACUGAUCGCCGAUUGCAUAAUGUGACCAAUUAUUUCUUAUUCUCAUUGGCGUUGGCUGAUUUGCUUGUUUGCUGCAUUGUUAUGCCAUUAACAAUUGUUGUUGAGGUUAAGGAUGGUGAGUUUAGGAGGGAUUGGGUUGUGGGUAUGGAUAGGUUGAGAACUAUAUCUUUUUCUAGAUUUUAAAGCGAAAUUUGUCAGAUUUUUUGAAAUUAAAAAUUUUUUUCAUCAAAAAACCGUUUUUUAAAAUACAAUUCUGGUUGGACUUUUUAGUUGCUAAAAAUUGUUAUUUUAACUUUAUAUGGUACAAUCGCCUUUCUUAAAAAUUGAUCUCUUCCAAAAAAAAAUCAUUUGAUUUUUCCCAGACAAAUUCGAAGAUUUUGACCAGAAAACCUCGUAAUUUGAACACAAAACACCCCCAUCUCAUCUCAAAUUUCCAUUUAAUGUCAUAAGAAAUUUGUUAAUAGCUCAGCUAAAAAAGCAAAACUCAAAAAACAUGAGAAAAGUAUAGACUGAAACGUUUUUUUUUUCAAUUUUUAUGAUCUCCAGACCUCCAACAAAGUUUCAUGAAUAUUCAUGAUCUAGACAGUUUUUUCUACUGAAGAGAAGAGGAACUUUGAAUUCAAAAAUUUCCAUAGAUCUUUGAGCAGGACAAACAGUUGAAAAUAAUAAUGUAAUUAUUUUUUCCAUUCCUGAAAAAAUUGUUUUCAAGUACACCAAAACAAAAAUGGGAAGUCAAACCAAACCCAUUUCUUAUUAAUACAUAGUCAGUGACUUUUUGAUAUCUCACAGAAAAAAAAGAUCCAAGAACAUUAUUAAUAUGAUGAGGCUAAAAGUGAUGGCAUUUCUUGCUUCAAAUAAAUAUUUAAUUAAUUAACAAUAUAAUUUUUCCAGGAAUUUGGACUUGGAGUGUUUCCAUGUGCCUACUGUAUGUUUACUGUGAUGUGUUUUUAUGCUCUGCGAGUAUUGUGCACAUGUCAGUAAUCUCAUUGGAUAGAUAUUUGGGAAUUUCACAACCACUUCGCACUCGCAACAAAUCAAAAACUUUGAUUUUUGUGAAAAUUGCGAUAGUUUGGAUUGUGACUCUUCUUGUAUCUUGUCCAAUUGCGAUACUUGCGUGGGAAGAUGAAACCAAUAUACUAAAAGAUAAUGAGUGUAAUAUCACAAAUAAGGCUUAUAUGUUAUAUGGUUCCACUACAACGUUUCUCAUUCCAUUCUGUAUUAUGGCAAUCACAUAUAUUCGUACAACUCAAUUGCUCAACAAGCAAGCAUCGAUUUUGAGCAAAAAGGCAAAUGACAAAUUGAAUGGUAAUGGAUUGCGUCGCACGAUGCCGCAUAGAAAACUCGGGUAUGUUCGCACCGAUUCAAACGGUAAAAGCAAUGGAAAAAGUAGGAGUUGCGAGCGUAAACAUCACACCGACUCAUCCUACGACGGCAACAAUCGACUUGGCACAAGUCGACCAAGCUUGAAUGGUCAUCGCACUUUGGAAAAGGCAUCAACGAUCAACCGAUGGCGUUCAAGGACCUCCAAUUAUCUAACGAAUAUUGCAUCAAAAGUUGGGCGAAGAAACUCGCUCCAGGUUAGGAGGGGGGCUUUAUGUUUUAAUUUCAUUAUUUUUCAGGUUUGUAAAAUAAAGGUAAGAAAAAAUAAUCAGAAAAAUUAGUGUCAUUUUACAGGAACCUUCGAAUUUUUACUGAAAAAAACUCUAGCAAAAAAUAUCCACAAACUUCAAAUCUUAACGAAUCACAGUAGCCCGUUGACGACGUCCAAAAACUCGUUGAAUCAACUUUAUACAUGAAAUUUCAAAUAAUUUCUCAUUUUCGACUGAAACAUCUUUUUCUUUUUAGAAUCUUUGAACUCCGUUUAAAAGUUGAGCAAUUUUUCAAAAUUUUCAAGCUCUGUCACGUCAUAACUCUUGUUCAGAGUUGAUUCACCAUAAAACAUAUAUUUCAACAAAAACUAGAAUGAAUGCUCAAAAGGUUCUCUUGUUGGAACAAAAAAAACUAAAAAUAAAUGUUUUGUUUCCAGGCAGCGAAUCAAGAUUUGGCGAAUGAACAUAAAGCAACACGAGUUUUAGCAGUGGUUUUUAUGUGUUUUUUCAUUUGUUGGACACCGUUUUUCAUUGCAAAUUUUAUACGUGGAUUUAGUGGAAUUGAAUCACCAAAAUGGUGUGGAUCGUUGUUUCUUUGGCUUGGUUAUUUUUCGAGUACAAUCAAUCCAAUUAUUUACACAGUUUUCAACAAACGGUUCAGACAAGCGUUUGUAAGAAUUUUGCGAUGUCAAUGUUUCAGUCCGUAUCGUGACUCGCAUGCCAUGUAUAGCCGAAACUAUACUACCACUAUUGUUCCAGACACUUAUACUUGGUACGUUGAGAUAUUCCUGAUGAACAAAAAAUGAAUAGGACAAAUAGGAAGAAAAUUAGAAACUGUUUUUCAAAAUUGAAAAAAAAAAGUUGAAAAACAAUCCUCAAUUUUCUGAGGUCUGAGUUCUGAUUCUCACGUCAGUAUGUUUUCGAGUGUGACUUUUCCGAUUCCAGAAAUAACCCAAAACCUUGCUCCUCGAAAAUAACUUUUUUCUCAGACUUCUAUUAUUCCAUAAAUCCUGGGCCCCAAAACUUUCCAGACCCUCAUAAAUUUUCCAAUUUUUGUUUAUUGAAUUAGCAUAGAAACUCAACAAUUUCCGGUAUUCUCCCACUCAUUCUCCUCCACCAAAAAAUUCAAUUGUUUUUUCUUUUUUCUCUUUCUCCAUCCAUUCAAGAAAAAUUGGGAAAGAAAAAAAAACAAAAAAAAAAUCCAGCAAAACAACUAUGAUUCUUGAAAUAGAUAUGAGAAUAUUUCGAGAAGCAAAAAGAAGUUUUUCUGCACUAAUAAACUGGGAGACAUACAUAUAAUUAUGUUCCCACACAUUUUUUGCACAAAAACAACAAACUUAUUAUUUUUAACGAGCUCCAGAUUUCGCACAAACCAAUUUUUUUCAAAAAUAAAAAAAACUCUGAAUUUUUCAAGAUAAAAGAGGGGCUCAUAAUAUUUAACGAUUAUUUAAUUGAUAUGUCAUCUGUUCGAAAAAAUCUCACCUUUUGGAAAAAAGAAACGGAGCAACAAAAAAAGAAAAAGAAAAUCCCGUGGCGUUGAUAUCAAAUUUCGUCAAAACGUGGGGAUUGAUGUAAUAUAAUGUGUGCAACAUUUUUUCAAGGAAGGAAAAAAAGGGAUUUUGUUUUUUUUUUUGCAGGUCAAAUCAUGACCGAGUAGCUGCUGGACAGGAGAUGAAGAAUGGCAAACUUUUGAGAACUCAUGAUCAAAUUAUGGGAAAACGAUCCUUGAGAAGUGAACAUAAAAGCGUGGAAAGUAGUAAAAAGGUAAGUUGAAAUUUGACGUUUUGAUUGGAAGAUAAAUUAACGGCGCUCCAAAGUAAUUUCAAAUUUUCAGUCGAUAAGUUGAGGACAAAAAAAGAAAGUUGAUAGUCUUUGGUGUUUAAUAAUUACAACCUCUUAAAUGUAUUUAUUGAAAAGCAUUUUUGACAUCCAGACGGGAAAUAAUCUCUGAAUUUUCGAGAGUUCACACAAAAAGCCCCUUUUUUGCAGACCUCACUACCAACCUACGCCCCACGUGUUCAUCAAUCACACCAACGAGACACUUCACGCGCCACGACUGAAGAAACAAACACCACAUCUAGUGCAACCACCACAACAACCGAAGAAGAAUCAAAACCUCUUCUCUCCACAUCAACUAGAAAUAUUUCCAAAUCAUUCUCCACAAUAAUAUCUCCCCUAGUCGAUGGUGUAACCACCCCAAAAAUUUCUUCAUCAGUUCCUUCUACAGUAACCCAUUCCAAGAAAACUUCAGUUAUAUCAACAUCGCUUGCUAAUUCUGUUACAAACAGCCCAAAACCAUCAAUUCGCUCGGUGUCUUGUGUCGAUUGUGAAAAAGGGAACUUGAUUUUAACGGCGAGAAGUCCUCCAGAUCCCAUGACUAGUUCAACUUCUUCUGCAAACUGCCCUAAACAUUUCACACUAUUUUCCAAUAUCGAGGGUGGUAUCAAAGAAACUUUUUUGUAG